GAGGGACUGGCGGUCGGCGGCGGGGGGACAAGCUGCUAUCCGCCGGGUUCACACCGUGCUGUCACCAUGACAGCUCUGCCCGCCCCACAGCCCCUGUGUCCAUCGGAAAGCGGGACAAGCUGCCACAGAGCAGACCUACUGUGACCGGCUGGUGCAGGACACACCUUUCCUGAUGGGCCAUGGGCGCCUGAGUGAGCAGCAGGUGGACAAGAUCAUCCUCCAGCUGAACCGCUACUACCCCCAGAUCCUCAGCAACAAGGAUGCAGAAAAGUUCCGGAACCCCAAGGCAUCCCUGCGUGUGCGGCUAUGUGACCUCCUGGGCCAUCUGCAGCGGAGCAACGAGCGGGAUUGCCAGGAGUUCUACCGAGCUCUAUACAUGCACGCACAGCCCCUUCACAGCUGCCUGCCCAGCCGGCACACCUUGCAGAACUCAGAUUGCACAGAGCUAGACUCGGGCAUCGCAAGCCAUGAGCUCAGUGACAGGGGACCCAUGGCCUUUCUGGCCUGUCUUGGCCUGGCUGCGGGGCUGGCACUCCUCAUCUACUGUUGUCCUCCAGACUCCAAGGUGCUGCCAAGGGCCCGGCGUGUCCUGGGCUUCUCCCCCAUCAUUGUGGACCGGCACGUCAGCCGCUUUCUGCUAGCCUUCCUGACAGAUAACCUGGGGGGCCUCUGAUGGACCAGCCCCUGCUGCCUAUCACACACCAAAGAGCCCCCACCUCUCUGCCCACCCAGGGUCCUGCUUUUCUAUGCUUGUAUUUCAUUUUACAAUUACCGUUCUCACUUUACUAUUACUGUAAGAAGCACUUCACCUACUCCUUAUGAAGGUGGUCAAUGAUAUUAAACGUGGGAGUCUCCUCCCUUCUGUAAGGAGUGUUUUCUGGAUAAUUCCGACUUGAGAUUCCAGAUGCCUCUAGCAGAGGCUGACCCUGGGGGCUCUUGGUGUUCCUUAUCCAGGCUAGGGCCCAGGUCAUGUUUAGGCCACACUUCCCAUCACAGUGGGCCUGGGCCCCACCCCUCCACCUGGGCUAUCUGCUUUAGUCCCUGCCCCCAGAUAUCUUCCCAUACCACUGUUCCCCAGAAAUCCCCCCAACCAUGCCAUAUGUCCCCGUUCCCUCCCUUCAUGGCCUUCUCCUACUGGUCUCCAGAGCUCACACCUCCCCACACCCAUCCCUGCCCUUCACCUCUGCCUCCUGGACCUUGUGGGGCUCCUGCACUGCCCCAGUGCCCAUCUGUAUUUAUCUGAUUCCUCUUGGCCUCCCCAGCAGGUAGAGGCUGCUGUUCCUGCUUUCCUCAUGAGGAAACAGGCCAAGGUGGAAGGUCAUUGAGCCAAGAAAGGGGAACUCUGCACUUGAGGGGGUGUGAGUUCAAUCACAUUCUUCUCCCGUUCCUUGACCUGUCCCCAGGAGAUUGUUCCUCAGCCCCUUGUCCCUUCCUGGGCCCCUUCCUGACCCCACAGACCACCCUUGUGACAGAGCUCCUUCUU